CAAGACCGCUACGAGGUCAAGCAAGCACUGGGCAAGGGCGCCUAUGCGCAGGUGUACCGCGCCACCGACCGUGUGAGCAGCCAGGACGUGGCCAUCAAGGUCAUUCACCGCAGCCCCAAGAACUUUGCCCGCGAUGCCGAGGUGCAGAACCUCCAGACCGUCCACAGCCAGCCCCCAGCCGCCCAUGUCGUCCCAAUCUUGGACCACUUUUUCGACCACAACAGUGUCUGCAUUGUGAUGCCCCUGCUCCGCGGUGGUGACCUCUACUCCCGCGUCGAGCCCAACGGCCCCGGCUUGUCCAAGUCCCAAGCCCGCCGCUGGAUUCGUCAGCUCGCUGAAGCCAUUCGCUCCGUGCACCAGGUUGGCCUCGUUCACGCUGAUAUCAAGCCCGAGAACUGCCUGAUCGACUCGGACGACAACCUCUUCCUGGCCGAUUUUGGCCUCGCCGUCCCCGAGAACCACCGCCACAUGAACGCCGUUCCCGGUACUGAAGCCUACAUGGCCCCAGAGAUGCUCUUGCACAACCGCUCGGGCGUGGUCAUGACUCAGGCAGCCGACGUCUUCGCUCUCGGCAUCACUUGGUAUGCGGCUCUCUUUGCCGACCUGCCCUGGGAU